CUGAAAUUUACAGGUUAGAUAUCGCCUUUAUCUACUGAUAUCUGAAAAAAAGUAAACCGUUCAGGUUGGUCUUUAAAUGCUUGCACGACUCCCUUGAUUCGUCCUGCAAUGACUGCUCCCUGCUCUCCUGGCUGGAGGUACGUUUGUGAAGGAAGGAAUGGAAGGAAAGCAGACAAUGUGAACAUUACCAUGGAGUGGCGCUAUCGUGGUGAGGGAAAUUGCUCCUUGGUUGUGGCCGAUCCUUUGAGUAAAAGAGUGUAUCGCCUUCUGAAGCAGAACUACACUCGCAAAUUCCAGGAAGGUGUUGUAGACUCUGAGAGCAAAGCACAAGCUGUACAUGAGGACUUGGCACAGGUGGUCAGUUAUGUCCGCUGGGUGAUGCAGCCACUUUUGUCACCAGACUAUGUGACGGUUCCUAAAUUGACUAAGGUGGAGCAGGAUUUCAUCAGAGAAGUGGUUCGUCAAGUCAGCAAACAACGGCCAGUAAGGAGAAUGAAGAAACCAGGUGACAGAGUGGAUGAGGAGGUUCAGUGGGCCUUGAUUUUGCCGGACUUCUGCUUUGUGCAUCUGCCUCAUGGACGCUUGAGUGGUGCUCACAGCACCAUCAGCAUAGAAAUCAAACCGAAGAAAUCCUUCAUCACAACAUAUCCUAAGAGAGGAACUACUGGGGAGCAGCCAGGUGUGUGCAAGUUUUGCAUGCACCAGCACCUCAAGCGACAGUCAGGACAGUGGCCAGAAACCAGCAACUACUGUCCUCUGGAUUUAUUUUCAGGAAAUAAACAACGCAUGAAGCAUGCCUUGCAGUCUCUUAUUAAAACACCUCAAAACAACCUCAAAAUAUGGAAAGAUGGAGAAGAUGUGUAUAGUGCAGAGAAAAGGCUGGACUUAGCAGACAUCUUGCAACGCUGGUUUAAUGACCCAACACUCAAAAAGAGCAGGGCCAUCAGCUGUUUUCUAGACCUAGUCAUUGAAAUCCUCAUGAUGUCAGUAUCUCCUGAUGAUCCUCAGCCUCACUCUGACCUGACAAGGUCACCCACACUACAGCGCUGUCAAAGCAGCUCCUUCACCUUCACCACUGGCAAUGUGUGCCAGUGGCUACCAGAAGGCAGUGUGUUGGAGCGUGUGUAUGCUGCUCAGCUCCUUGAUGAUCUAGAGGUGAUGAAUGUCUUCCCUCUGUACCAGAGGCUGCAAGAGCAGCUUGCUGCAAAUCCGCAACUCAAAAGGGAGUGGGGAUUCGAUGGACACUUUCCACAAGACUGGCUGCUGGACAGUGAAGCAUUUAGAAAUCUUGAUCCAUCUUCCAUAGAGUGGGUGGUGCAGAAGGUCAAAAGGUUUUUAGUAUCCAAAACCCUACAGGACUGUUCUAUAAUGGUAGCCAUCUUGCCAUUAGACUCGCUAGAUCUCCAAAAACAGAAUGGUCCUGGUGAAAAUCAUUAUGGAAACAACCGACUACAGUUUGACCAGCAGUGGUACAAGGUAUCUGUUGCCCUAGUUGACCUUGACCCCAAGCCUCUAGACAAGAUUCCAGUCUACCAUAAACAGGCUUCAGCCAUUCUGGCAUCCUUUCAUGACACUUGCAUGGAGACAGCCACAGUUCCUGCCGCUGAACCACUGCAUGUACCUGUACGUCAGCUGCCAGUUCUGAGUGCACUCCCUUGCCUAGCCAUGCAUCCCAGGGUGCCAGAGGUGUAGGAAAGGUCAAGGUGUCCUGACCACCAUCUGCAUUUUAGGUUUGGUAGAAUAUGGCACAGUAGGAGGGUUAGGUGUUUUUGUAUCUGGCAUGUUAAGGGGUUACAAUAUGUCCUAGGAUCUGUCACGGUGAUGAGAUAACAAAUCCUGCAAGGUUAAGUCACAAUAGUGGGGUUACAAGGCGUAUUAAAGUCUGCACAGAUAUAGGAGUUACAAAGCAUGUUAGGAUAUGGUGGAGUAAUAGGGAAUAUAAAGUUUGUUAGGAUCAGGUGCAAUGAUGGAGUGACAAAGGCCUUAUGAGGACAUUUGUCCCCAGAUUUCUGUACUAGAAAUGAUCUUGUGACACACUUGCAAGGACCCUGUUUGGAUGCUUGUGUUGUUGAGAAGGUUCUUUUGUGCAUUUACACAAAGGAAUUCUUUUUGGCUUUUUCCUGAAGCUAAACACUGUAUAUAGGUGUAGAGAGUGGCUAGGUGACCAUGAUGCAGUUGGUGUCUCAUCACCUUGGUCUCUGGAGACUCUGCAAUUACAUUGUGUAAUGUUACACUUUGUGACUAAACUUAUGUAUGAAAGACUGCUUUGAUAAAGUGUGUUAUUUACAAUAGUUGUGUCUUCUGUAGUCUCAAAAAUGUACUCAAAAUGAAUGAGUAUGCUAAGUCACAUGGGUACAACACUAUGCUUGCAAGUCAAGGGCUGGGGAGAGAUUUUUGAUGCAGGCAUUCAGAAUAGUAAUCCAAAAUAUGAGUUACUGUUAGUUAACGUUAUAGCAAAACUGUUCAAAAAAGUGAAUGAGCUUUGGAAAGAAUGCUUGUGAAAAUGAGUUGAGGAUAAUAUUUAUCUGACAAAGUCAGUUAUCAUCAGGACCAUAUUUACCUGAAAAAAUGACAAUAUAACAUGUUCAGCAUUGCAUGAUGUGUUCAGCAUUACAUUUUAUUCUUCAUUGCCUAAAACCACAUCGUUUACCUGUCAGAAUACCAUAGUGCUAGAUUAUACCA